AUGGACGUCGCCGGCGCCAAAACGUCCGGGGACGGGGACAUCCCACAGCCUACCAAGGAAUGGGUCUUCCAGGAGCCGUUUCCUUCAAAACACCAGGUCCUCAACAAAACUAUGUCAACACGAUGGCCUGCUUCCUUCGAAGUGUCCUUCUUGGUUCGCAAUCUCAGGCUGGGUAAGCAAUGGAGUCGAAUUCUCCGCAUCGGGGAUGCAGUUUCGCUGUUUACCAAUGGUGGUCCGAAAGGAGACGUGAAAUGGGGCAGCCUUUGCUUCUUUGUCAGUGGCCGGAAGUUCGGCGUCGCUGCUGGUGAGAUCAAGGACGGUGACAAGGUGCACAUUGUCUUGACGUUUGACGGGAAUGGUGGUGGAAAAAUGUGGAAAAAUGGUCAGUUAAUCGCAAGCAAAGCAGGCACUGGCGGUGGUAGCGACCCAGACGCGCCCAUCAUGCAGAUCGAGAACUGUCCAUUGAGCAUUUUGCAGGACGAGGGCUGCAUGGAAGUCCAGAAAUUGCGCAUUUACGAGGGCCUUGUGUUAGAAGAAGUACAUGUGAAGGAGCUGCACGCCCAAAACGAGAAGAGUGGAGGCACAAAGCUCCCACCAAUCGCGCCGAAAGGAACUCGGGAACCUGCCAAGGAGCGUCUUCCGCUCAAGUGGGAGCCAUCACUCCUCUUUGGGAAGAAUGCUACAGGUAUGGAGGACAACGAGUGGAAUGCCACAGAGACGAUGCACAUCGAGCCACACAACGGCGAACUCUUUGCCUCCUUCGGCACGUUUAAGAACACCACCAUUGCCAAGGGGAAGCCCUUCAGAAGCUUCGUGGCCAGGCUGGCUUCCCCAGGUGGCAAGUGGGUCGUGGACUGGUGUGGCGAUGGCCACGUCGAGAGGCCCCCCCAGCGGUCGCGGUGGGCGAUUCGGAUCGACUGCUUGAAGAGUGUGGAGUUCAAUUGGGACUGCCAUGGCAAGCAGCUGAAACCACCAGUGCGGCAGCUCACGAUCUGUACAAGUAUGAGCAACGAAUGGGGUAACUUCAUGUUGUUCCGAGACGACGGCGAUGACACUGCCCCUGGAACCCAGUAUCGGUGGCACGAGGUCUGUUACACUGGGAAGGAGUACCCCGGAAAAAGCCCUGGUUGUCGAGCUGUGGUGCUCCACCGAGAUGCGGUGACCGGCGUCGACCGCAUCAUCGCCUUCGAGGGACUCCGUGGAGUGUUUUCGGGGGCCUACGACCCAGCGAGCACCGUCCCCGGCAAGAUUGUGUGGGACUCAGCGCCGGAGAAGUUGGACCUUAACGGAGCGAAGCAAUUGGAAUUCCGUCCCCUGGCCUUGGUCGAGGCAAACGGAUUUGCCUUCAUGUCGAGUGCAUCUCGGGUCUUGCAGCGCAUCGACGGGCCCGAGCCAGUUUGGAAGGUCCUCAUUGACGUGGCUGACUUUCGUCGCGGAGACGGCAAGCUCAAUUCGGAUGUUGGGGGUCUUCGCGGCAUGACGGUGAUUCCAGGUCCUUCCGGGUCAUCGAACGAAUCAUUAUUGUUCGUUUGGUGCCCGAACACUCACGCAGAGGCUCGGGUGCUCUGCGUUGACUUCCACCCGGAUGGAUCAGCGAAAGCUCCUGAAGAAGAGGCGUCAGUCACUGCCCUGGUGAAGGAGUAUUUGCAGACAUCCUGGUUGGGCUACACCCUGGCCGCGUACAACAACAUGCCGGCCACAACAUUGGGGAGCCUCCCCUGCAACCUCAUUGGUUUCGAGAUUCAUGCACAUCCAAAUGCCAAAGUGCCCCUGGACCCUGGGCAGCAGGGCGAAGAUGGGUAUGGUUAUUGGUCUGGGGGCGGCAUCGUUUGCCGUGUCAGCUCCAGCGACUACUUCGUCACGCAGGUCGGGGGGCGUGGCGGAGUGAGCCAAUCGCUGACAGCUGUGCGUUGCUUCGCGAUUUCCCCUUUCCGCAGUGAGCCGAAUGCUGUGUACGUGGGGGGGUAUGAUCCUAACUUUUACCCCUCCGAUUAUACAGCCUGGAUUUACAAAGCCACACCGCCUUGA